CCCAGGCGGUCAGCUGGCACCAUCAUCCAACCUGGGAGGGUCCCGACAGCGUUACAUGUACAGCAUCUCCUGCCUCUUCCCACACGCAGCGAAGGAUUAUUUCCUAAACCAAAACACUAAUUAUUGAAGACGCCGGGCGAAGGAGGUGGAAGGAGAAGGAUCAAUGAUAGCUCAGCAAUCCCCGUUAUUUAUUUGUUUAUUUUUCAUGGAAAACUAUCUUGCGAUGGAUGGAGUCCAUUGCUGCUGCUGCUGUUGAGCGGCAGGUGUAUUGCUAAGGCCCUUUAUUUUUCACAGUGGUCGUUUCUUUUACUUGAAGAUGGGUCGGAACAAACGGAACCGGUUUCACAUGGACAAAGAUGGUGUCAUCGGGAGUAAAACCCCUACGGAGUGCAUCUAGAGAGCGUUUUGCGAAGCUGUGGCGCCGGGUGUUAGAUUCCUUCCUCACCGUGUCCUGAGGAACAUAAAUAAAUGACAUCUACCUCGCCUUGGCCAAGGAAUACAAGGUGAUAAUACGAAUAAUUGACACGCUAAUUCGCAUUUGUGACCGAAGAUCGUGGCAUCUCUUGGCCAUAUAAACUGCUCAUCUCUAAAUUAUUGUUAAGAGACUAAUAAAGAAAGACUAGGCUAUUUCUAAAAUCAGGAAAUAGCGACUGGAUUGGAUACAGAAAUACCAUAGGCUAAUAUUCUACUGUAAUUUAAUUCAUUUUUCUCCUACGUGGGGGAAACAUUUAACUGUACGCAGAAAUUGCUGCAUCGGGCAGCUGAAGCCUCCCGCCGUUGCCAGCAUGAUGGAGCUACAGAUUGACGAGGUGGUGUAUCAGGACGACUACGGCUCCGUUUCUGUGAUGUCGGAGCGCGUGUCGGGCCUGGCGAACAGCAUCUACCGGGAGUUCGAGCGCUUGAUUCGCAGCUACGAUGAGGAGGUGGUUAAGGAGCUGAUGCCUCUGGUUGUGAAUGUGCUGGAGAAUUUGGACUCGGUGCUCACGGAGAACCAGGAGCACGAGGUGGAGCUCGAGCUGCUCAAGGAGGACAACGAGCAGCUGAUCACCCAAUACGAGCGCGAGAAGGCGCUGCGCAAACAAGCAGAGGAGAAGUUCAUUGAAUUUGAGGAUGUGCUGGAGGCUGAGAAGAAGGAUCUGCAGACUCAUGUUGAGAAUCUGGAGCUGCAGGGGAAACAGCUGGAGCUGAAGACCAAGAACUAUGCCGACCAGGUCACCAGAUUGGAGGAGCGAGAGUCCGAAAUGAAGAAAGAGUACAAUGCUCUUCAUCAGCGGCACACAGAGAUGAUUCAGACGUACAUGGAGCACAUCGAAAGGUCCAAGAUGCAACAGGCCGGGAGCAACAGCCAAUCGGAGGCCACCGGGUGUGGACGAACUCAACGCCAUGGCUGGAGGAAAAGCGGGGGUUCCGACGCUCGACCGUCUGCCAGAGCUCUAGCCAGCAGUAAGACAGACCGCCCCCCUUCGCUGAGCUUCUUCCCCAACAUGGACGGGAUGGAGGACGGGUCCGAAUCGGGGCAGUCCUCGGCGGCGGCCACGCCCAGCAGCGCGGGCACCACGCCCACCUCGUCCGUGCCCUCGGCCUCCGUCACGCCCCUCAACGAGGCCUUCCACCCCGUGGCCGAGCCCGGCGCGGCCCGCCGGGGCAACAAGAGGAAGAACGGCAAGCGCCUGAGCAGGAACAUGGAGGUGCAGGUCUCCCAGGAAACCAGGAACGUCAGCAUCGGGAUGGGCAGCAGUGAUGAAUGGUCUGAGAUCCCAGACAUCACCCCAGAGGCGGAGAUGUACAUGGACCCGCGUGUCUACGGCGGGGGAAACAGCCCAUCACAUGGAAUCAUCAAUGAAGCGUUUGGCAUCAACACGGACUCUUUGUACCAUGAAAUCAAGGACGCCAAGUCAGACAUCAUAGGAGACGUGGACGCAGGGGCCGAGUUGCUUGGGGAGUUCUCAGUGCGGGAUGAUUUUUUCGGAAUGGGGAAGGAAGUAGAAAACCUGCUGACGGAAAACAAACAGCUCCUGGAGACCAAAAAUGCUCUGAACGUUGUGAAGAAUGACCUGAUAGCAGAAGUGGACAAGCUGUCGAGUGAGAUGAAAUUCCUGAGCGAAGAGCUGGAGACCGUGAAGCAGUCCAAAAACAAGGUGGACACAAAAGUUAAGGAGCUGGAAGAGGAGCUCAAAAGGCUGAAGGCGGAGGCCCUGGGAGCGUCUCUGGACUCCAGGGAGGAAGGAGGCGAGGAUGUGAGUUACUCGUCGCCGCUGCAGGACGACGUGCCGAUCACGCAGAGGAGGCGCUUCACGCGGGUGGAGAUGGCGCGCGUGCUGAUGGAGAGGAACCAGUACAAGGAGCGGCUGAUGGAGCUGCAGGAGGCCGUGCGCUGGACCGAGAUGAUCCGGGCUUCCAGGGAAAGCCCGCAAAAUCAGGAGAAGAAGAAAUCCACCAUCUGGCAGUUUUUCUCCCGGCUCUUCAAUGCGUCCUCCAGCCCCCCGCCGGUCAAACGGCCCUACACCAGCGUCAACAUCCACUACAAGUCCCCGUCUCCGGCCGGCUUCUCCCAGCGCCGCAGCUACACCAUGUGCCAGAUCUCCGCCUCCAACGGCAAGCUGGAGUUCUUCCCCGAGGACGACAGCGCGCUGUCCGUCCGGCGGGAGCAGCGGCGGGAGCAGUACCGCCAGGUCCGCGAGCACGUGCGCCGCGAGGACGGGCUCAUGCAGGCCUGCGGCUGGAGCAUCCCGCCCCGCUUCAAACAGGGAGGCUCUCUGCUGGAGCUCACGCAGGACGGGUCCAUGAGGAGGCACCAGAUCGGUCCAAAUGACAAAGAGGACAACCGCAUGAAGAAUGUCCCUGUUCCCGUUUACUGUCGCCCCCUGGUGGAGAAGGAGCCGAACAGGAAGCUGUGGUGUGCAGCAGGGGUGGACUUGACCGGGUGGAAGACGGCCACGCAGGACAGCCUGCCCAGCGAAGCGGCGAAAACCUCAUCCAACGGCACGGACCCUCUGACUGGAGAGGAGGACGGAGAGGAGAGCAAGAGCAAUCACAGCUCCCCUGAGAAGAAAAAACAGAAGGAGCAGCAGGAGCUGGACUCCAUGAGCAGCAGGGUGUGGAUCCUCACCAGCACCUACUCGGCCAGCAAGGUGGUCAUCAUCGACGCCAACCAGCCCGGCUCGCUGGUUGACCAGUUCAACGUCUGCAAUGCCCACGUGCUCUGCAUCUCCAGUGUGCCCGCGGCCAGUGAGAGCGACUACCCGGCGGGGGAGAUAUUCCUGGAGCCGGGAGAUGGGAGCUCGGAGGACCCCGGGGGGGUGGAGGGCAUGCUGGCGGGCAUCACGCUGGUGGGCUGCGCCACCAACUGCAGCGUGGUCCGCAGCAACUGCUCGUCCCGAACGGACACGCCCGUGGGGGACAGGAGCCAGGGUCACGCGGCCCCUCUCCUCGGCGGGAAGGUGAACGCGGCGGCCCAGUCAGCCGAGGAGGCCACUGAAGCCACGGAGGUGUCGGAGCCGGCGCCCAGCGAGGAGGAGGCGUCCGCCCCCCCCGGGCCCUUCACCGAGCACGUCUUCACCGACCCCCAGCACCUCCCCGCGGGGGCGCCUGCGGACAGGGAGGCCGGACAGCCGAAGGAGGAGGCGAACCCCGCGGCCCCAGAAGCGGAGGACAGGGGGGAGGAGUCUGGAGCUGCCAGCAGCACGGCCCCCACCAUGUGGCUGGGAGCCCAGAAUGGCUGGCUGUAUGUUCACUCUGCUGUUUCCAACUGGAGGAAGUGUCUGCAUUCAAUCAAACUGAAGGACUCUGUGCUCAGCCUUGUGCACGUGAAAGGGAGGGUCCUGGUGGCCUUGGCAGACGGCACACUGGCCAUCUUUCACAGAUCUGAAGACGGGCAGUGGGAUCUGAGUAACUACCACCUGAUGGAUCUGGGGCGGCCCCACCACUCCAUCCGCUGCAUGGCGGUGGUGCACGACAAGGUGUGGUGCGGCUACAAGAACAAGGUGCACGUCAUCCAGCCCAAGACCAUGCAGAUCGAGAAAUCAUUCGAUGCGCACCCCCGGAAGGAGAGCCAGGUGCGUCAGCUGGCGUGGAUCGGGGACGGCGUGUGGGUGUCCAUCCGGCUGGACUCCACGCUCCGCCUCUACCACGCCCUCACCCACCAGCACCUGCAGGACGUGGACAUCGAGCCCUACGUCAGCAAGAUGCUCGGUACCGGAAAGCUGGGCUUCUCAUUUGUGCGCAUCACAGCGCUCCUGAUUGGAGGAAACCGCCUGUGGGUGGGGACAGGGAACGGCGUGGUAAUCUCCAUCCCACUGACAGAGACCGUAGUCCUGCAUCGGGGACAGCUCCUGGGUUUGAGGGCCAAUAAGGUUUCCCCGACCUCGUCAGGGGGCGUGAUCCACGUGUACGCCAACGACAGCGCAGAGAAGACCAGCGGCAGCUUCAUCCCCUACUGCUCCAUGGCCCAAGCCCAGCUCUGUUUCCAUGGCCACCGCGACGCUGUCAAGUUCUUUGUCUCUGUGCCAGGCAAUGUGCUGGCCACUCUGAAUGGCAGUGUGCUGGACAGCCCCUCAGAGAACGCUGGCUCAACAGCACCCCCUGAUGCCGAAGCCCAGACAGUGAACAACGUGCUGGUGCUGAGUGGUGGGGAGGGCUACAUUGAUUUCCGCAUCGGGGACGGAGAGGAUGACGAGACGGAGGAAGGCUCGGGCGACGCCUCGCAGAUCAAGCCCGUUCUCUCGAAAGCAGAGAGGAGCCAUAUCAUUGUGUGGCAGGUGUCCUACGUCCCAGAAUAGCCCUUCAAAAAUAACCCCCCCCCCCCCCCUGUCCCAUUUAAUUCUCCCUGCAGUCCACCUGGCCCUACCAUACCCCUCCAUAAAAAAAACACCCUGGUCAAAAGUGCCCUGCAUUUUCCCAGCUGCAAACACACAGUGUGAACUCAUACAGCUAAAUAUGCCACCAAUGAAUACCUCUUCUCUUGCACUCCUCACCUCCUCAGACCCGCUGCUAUAGGAUCAGACCCCCCCUGCCUUCUCAGCUCACAGACGAGGCCGAGUCACUUUAGAAACAAGCCCCUCCCACAUCUCCCCAUAUUAGGACAACAAACGCCCGAAAGAAUGAUGCAAUAUACCGACUGAAGAAACGCGAGUCCCGAGAGAAACCUGGCCUACCUCUGAAAGCAGUGCUUUAUUUGGAAACUGGUAGAGUUUCUCUAAAGAGCGAACCCAAAGGUGUGGUUUAUGCCAUUCUGUAAAGAAAGAAAUUCUGUAUUCUGAAGGUCUGAAAU